GGUAGCCUGAGGGGUGUCCUAUGAGUGGAGGUGAGGUUUCGGCGACCGGCCCCCGUCCGUCCGCGGCUUGCUGCGCGCUGCAGCCCGCAGCUCCCGGUGUCGGCGCGGAUCGGCGGCGGCCUUGAGGCGCCGGGGCAGCGGUGGGCAUGUCGUCGGGCCUCCGCGCCGCAGACUUUCCCCGCUGGAAGCGCCACAUUGCGGAGGAACUGAGGCGCCGGGACCGGCUGCAGAGACAGGCGUUCGAGGAGAUCAUUCUGCAGUAUACCAAGCUGCUGGAAAAGUCAGAUCUUCAUUCAGUAUUGGCCCAGAAACUACAAGCUGAAAAGCAUGACAUACCAAAUAGGCAUGAAAUAAGUCCUGGACACGAUGGUGCGUGGAAUGAUAGUCAGCUACAAGAAAUGGCCCAGUUGAGGAUGAAACACCAGGAAGAGCUGACUGAACUGCACAAGAAGCGUGGGGAGUUAGCUCAGCUGGUGAUUGACCUGAAUAACCAAAUGCAGCAGAAGGACAGGGAAAUGCAGAUGAAUGAAGCAAAAAUUGCAGAGUGUUUACAGACCAUCUCUGACCUGGAGACAGAGUGCCUGGACCUGCGCACCAAACUGCAGGACCUCGAGAUAGCCAACCAGACCCUGAAGGAUGAGUAUGAUGCCCUGCAGAUUACUUUUACUGCCCUAGAGGAGAAGCUGAGGAAAACUACUGAGGAGAACCAGGAGCUGGUCACCAGGUGGAUGGCUGAGAAGGCCCAGGAAGCCAAUCGCCUUAAUGCAGAAAAUGAGAAGGACUCCAGGAGGCGUCAAGCACGGUUGCAGAAAGAGCUUGCAGAGGCAGCAAAGGAACCGCUACCUGUUGAACAAGAUGAUGACAUUGAAGUCAUUGUGGAUGAGACCUCAGAUCACACAGAAGAGACAUCUCCUGUUCGAGCCAUCAGCAGAGCAGCUACUAAGCGACUCUCGCAGCCUGCUGGAGGCCUUCUGGAUUCUAUCACUAAUAUCUUUGGUCUGUCCGAAUCUCCCCUUUUGGGACACCAUUCUUCUUCUGAUGCUGCCAGGAGACGUUCUGUCUCUUCCAUCCCAGUCCCCCAGGACAGUGUGGAUACUCAUCCUGCUUCUGGUAAAGAUGUGAGAGUCCCAACUACUGCCUUGUAUGUCUUUGAUGCACAUGAUGGGGAAGUCAAUGCAGUGCAGUUCAGCCCAGGCUCCCGGUUAUUGGCCACUGGAGGCAUGGACCGGAGGGUUAAACUCUGGGAAGCAUUUGGAGAUAAAUGUGAACUUAAGGGCUCGCUGUCUGGUAGUAACGCAGGAAUUACAAGCAUUGAAUUUGAUAGUGCUGGAGCUUACCUCUUAGCAGCUUCAAAUGAUUUUGCAAGCCGAAUCUGGACUGUAGAUGAUUAUCGAUUACGGCACACACUCACAGGCCAUAGUGGGAAAGUGCUCUCUGCCAAGUUCCUGCUGGACAAUGCACGGAUAGUCUCAGGAAGUCACGACCGGACCCUCAAACUCUGGGAUCUACGCAGCAAAGUCUGCAUAAAGACAGUGUUUGCAGGAUCCAGCUGCAAUGACAUUGUUUGCACUGAGCAGUGUGUUAUGAGUGGACAUUUUGACAAGAAAAUUCGUUUUUGGGAUAUCCGUUCAGAGAGUGUGGUCCGAGAGAUGGAGCUGUUGGGGAAGAUUACUGCUCUGGACUUGAACCCUGAGAGAACUGAGCUCCUGAGCUGCUCCCGGGAUGACCUGCUAAAAGUCAUUGACCUCCGGACAAAUGCUGUUAAGCAGACAUUCAGUGCUCCUGGAUUCAAGUGUGGCUCCGACUGGACCCGAGUCGUUUUUAGCCCUGACGGCAGUUACGUGGCAGCAGGGUCAGCUGAGGGUUCUCUUUAUGUCUGGAGUGUGCUCACAGGAAAAGUGGAGAAGGUUCUUUCAAAACAGCACAGCUCUUCCAUAAAUGCAGUGGCAUGGGCCCCCUCCGGCUUGCAUGUUGUCAGUGUGGACAAAGGAAGCAGAGCUGUGCUCUGGGCACAGCCUUGAUGCAUACCCUCAGGAGCAGCGCGGAACCCCCCACAACCCACCAUGGAGGUGACAUGUCCUCCCAGAGAAGAGCUGGAGCCAGGUGGUGCCACAGCUUUCAUGAGAACUUUGACUUAAGGUCUCUAGUGGCCGAGAAGAAUCAACACUGAAUCAAAGUGACUCUGCAGGUCCCUAACAGAAAUUGGAUUCUUGUCUGCAUUUGGGUGGGAAACACUAACUGACCUUCCAUACCUCAUGGGGAGCACAGGGUCUCUGCUGGGUCUCCCCACUGGACACAGUGCCAAGGACAACUGCACACACCGGGUAAUGGGUCCCCUGUGUUUUUCCCGUCUUUCCAAAGUCUUCUGUGGCCUGAUGCCACACUGUGGAGUAAUUACCCAGGGGACUCACUGUAGGCAUUAGGUCAGUGGAAACCAAAUGUGGGGCCUGUCCUCGUGUGACAAAGGAUAAGUGGAGCUGUUUUCAGGGCUGGCAAUGUGUCUGGUCUUACUGCUGAAACCUCCUGCAUCUUUGGCUGGCCUUCAGAACUCCAGGCUCCCUUCCUGCCAACACUUCGACAUAGCUUUGUGUGUGCGUGUAUGAGAGGAAAGGACUGUGCCAACCUUUCCCUGUCAGGUAGAUUUGCAGCAGAGGUGAGAAACACAUCUUUACCCUCCAUCACUGAGUGUGUACAGCUUAUCUGUGCUCACCUGGGCCUCUCCUGAAGCUGGUAGUGGCAAGUCUAGCCCCUACCUGUACAUGCAGUGGCCUUAGUGUUCAGUACAAGAAGCCUGUAUAGAGCAGGUUAUGACAAAGGCAGAGAAAGCACCAUCUGUACUGCUCAGCUGUGCACAUGGUCUGAGCUCUGUGUCUGAAAGUCUGAAGCACCAUGUGUUUGUCACAUUUACUUUGCACUUUAUUUUUUUAUUUUUUAUUUUUUUUGCCUCCACACUGGUUCUCUGGACAGUGGGGACAGGCGUGCUAGAGCUAGGGAAGAGGGCAGCCCUCUUGUCCUGCUUGCAACUCACCUGCUGGCUUGCUGCCAGAAAGCUUGUGUUGACGGAAGUUGAAAUUGGCUGGCCAGGGCACAUCUUUUAUUUAUUUAAUUAUGUGUCCCAACAGAACUUGACUGUAAAUAAAGAAAAAAUUCUGUUAUAUGCUUUUCAAA